AUGUACCAAAAAUUUGGGAAAUUUCCCGAUUUUGUGAACAAAAACUGUUUCAAACUAUUUAUUAUUGUUCACAAUAAUAAAAAUAACAGAUUAUUAAGUCACAAAAUAUUUUGUCUGGGAGUAACCCUUUCACGGUUUCCCGAAUUUUUGGGGUAUAACGUAAAGUAUUUAAAUAUAUCACUAAGACUAUAUAAACCCUCAAUCUCGUUUUUUGAGAUAUCUGCUAUGGGAAACACUGAGACACAGUACGUCAGAAAGCCGAAGAUUAUGACUUUGCCUACUUCACCAGCCGUUUUCUUCGAAUCUUUUUCACCAGACGAUUUUGAUGCCGAUAAAAACCUCCAAAUGGACGAAGUCUUGGAGGCAGAAGAUUUUUAUCGGUCAAAAUCAACAAAUUGUGUAUUUCCACAGAAAAAAGAGGAAACUCAUGGGGCUGAAGAACAGCACAUAAUCCCGAAUUUUUGCGGGGUUUUAGACCCAACCAAAUUCAUUGACUUUUUCAAAUUCAAAACUCAAAAUAAUGUUAUUGAAAUGUUAUACGAUUCUUCACAAGACGGGUUGGACUCACGUGAUUUUCGCGCAAAAAUUACAGGAAAGAAGAAUUUGCUUUUCGUUUUGGCUUCUCAAAAUUCAUGUUUUGGACUUUUCCAAUCGGAUCCACUUGCGUCCGUUCCACCACGUUCAUCACUUCACGCAGAUUCUCAGGACAUGUUCUUAUUUUCCCAAAAUCUCAACAUUAGUAAUGAGAACGGCCGGAACGAGGAUGGCUGCAUCCAUAUAUAUACCAAAAAAAAUCAAAGCAAAAAAUCGGUUGUGUUAUACCCAGCCGACUCGUCUCUUCUAUUCACAUGUUUCUCCGCUUUUUGGGUCGAUUCCAAGCUCGAUGUUUCCUUCAACUUUAACAUUAAUGAAUAUUAUGACACACAAUCGCUUGACCAAUAUCCUUUAUCUGGCGGUUUUGAAAAGGUAAAAUGCCAAAGACUUUUUGUCUUUUCUUUGUGUUAA